AUUUCCCACAGCUCCAUCACAGAAUUGAUAAGAUAGCGAUGGCUUCCAUCAAAGCAAAAGUGUAUUCUCUUCGACACAAUGCCAAUAAUUACUUGUGAUUGUACUGGAAAUGGAACGUGUUGUAGUGUGUGCAAAUUAAAUGUUGUUGGAUAUGUUACAGGGUGGCUAGGAGUUAUAUGGCGAAUAGUCCUAGUCGCUUUUCUCUCUACGACUCUAUCUAACAUUACGGAAUAUGACCCAAGUUUAUACUCAAUACUUUUAGCAACGUGUUUAUGCUAUGUUUUAACUUCAUUGGUGGUCAAUAGUGUAUUUAUUUAUGGAGUUUAUAAGAAAAAAAGACACUUUAUGUUGCCAUAUAUAACGCUUGCUGCUUUCGAGUUGAUCAUUGGUGUCAUUAUUUUAUCAGGAAUAAUAAUGGUAUUAUUUGCUGUAAGUGCUGUUCUAUUUGCAGUUUAUACUAUUUGCUUUGCCGUGCUGAUUAUAGGCAUCAACUUUACAUUAUGGCUAUAUACAAUUUUACUGUACAAUGACUUUGAAUACGACGCUAAGCUAACUCGAGGUGAAUUUGAUAAUAUUGCAUUAACGAGAAUGCACUCUAUCAACAGUCACACCUAAUGCAUGGAGAACAAAUUUCUUCUUGUGAAUACAUUUAAAAUAUUUUUUUCGCUCCUAUACCUGUAUUUUUACUGUAGAGCUCUUUUCUCUACGUUCAUAUUUGUGAUUAAAAUGUAUUUUAGGUGUUUUAUUUUCGUUGUAUAUUUUUGCGGUAUUUGCGAAACUUUGUUAGAAUAAUUUACCGAGCCCGUUUGUGUGCCUUGACUAAAAUAGGACGACAACCUACUAAUUACUUAAAAUUAGUUUGCAUAAGUAAUCUAAGUGCAUAUCAUAAUGCCACUUAGUUGAAAGUUAUAUAACAAGGGUGAUUGCGAAACUCUUGAUUUUAUGUUCUGUCGGAGUUCAACAAAUUUGGCCCAAUAUUGUUUAUAUUACUGGAAGUCAGAUUUUCGUACAAACUUUAUUGUAUUUUUUCUGUUUAAUUAAAAAAUAUGCAAUUAUUAAUUUAUCAUAUGAGUCAUGGGCAUAAAGAGCAAUGUAUUGGGCAAAGGACAAAAUGCGGGUUCGCUCACUUUUCCAUUUUGAAUAUUACGAUAAUUUUGCCGACAAAAGUAAAUUGAAUGCAAUACUUUACAUUAAUUUGCUUACUCAUCAAAUAUUAUAAAACGAAAAACACUUACACACUUGCAAAACAAAUUUAUAAGAAUAAAAAAUAUAAAUGUUAUUUAAAAAAUUAGUGGCCUUAGAGAAAAGUUGUCUUAGUUGCUCAAACUAGCUUAAAUAUAUUCUACGGUAAUAUAAAAAGUAAAUAAAAGUAAUUUUGCUAGCUUGUA